AUGGCGAGUCCCGGAUUAAGCAACCGAAAUAACGGGAAGCGGUUAGGCAUUACGGAGCCCAUCUCGUUAGGUGGACCGACGGAGUACGAUGUGAUCAAGACUCGUGAACUUGAAAAGUAUUUGCAAGAUGCUAGAUUGUAUGAGAGUCAGGAAGAGGCUGUGAGUAGGGAGGAGGUUCUUGGCAGGCUAGACCAGAUUGUGAAGAUAUGGGUUAAAACAAUCAGCCGAGCAAAGGGCUUGAAUGAGCAACUAGUGCAUGAAGCAAAUGCUAAGAUUUUCACCUUCGGCUCAUAUCGGCUAGGGGUUCAUGGCCCUGGAGCAGAUAUAGACACACUCUGCGUUGGACCUAGACAUGCAACUCGAGAAGAAGAUUUCUUUGGCGAGCUACAGAGGAUGCUGUCUGAGAUGCCUGAAGUUACAGAGUUGCAUCCUGUGCCUGAUGCUCACGUCCCAGUUAUGAAAUUCAAGUUCAGUGGGGUUUCAAUAGAUCUUCUUUAUGCAAAACUAUCACUUUGGGUUAUUCCUGAAGACUUAGACAUAUCACAAGACUCAAUACUACAGAAUGCAGAUGAACAGACAGUUCGUAGUCUCAAUGGUUGUAGAGUUACAGAUCAAAUUCUGCGUUUAGUGCCAAGCAUUCAGAAUUUCCGCACAACAUUGAGAUGCAUGAGGUUAUGGGCAAAGCGUCGUGGUGUUUAUUCAAAUGUUGCAGGAUUUCUUGGUGGUAUAAACUGGGCAUUGCUUGUUGCUCGCAUAUGCCAACUUUACCCAAAUGCACUGCCUAAUAUGCUAGUGUCUCGGUUCUUCAGGGUGUAUACUCAGUGGCGUUGGCCAAAUCCAGUCAUGCUCUGUGCUAUUGAAGAAGGUUCUCUUGGACUUCAGGUUUGGGAUCCUAGAAGAAAUCCAAAGGACAAGUAUCAUUUGAUGCCUAUAAUUACUCCGGCUUAUCCCAGCAUGAACUCCAGCUACAAUGUGUCCUCAAGUACGCUGCGUAUCAUGUUAGAGGAGUUUCAGAGGGGAAAUGAAAUUUGUGAGGCUAUGGAAGCAAAUAAGGCUGAUUGGGACACCCUUUUUGAGUCUUAUGAGUUCUUUGAAGCAUAUAAGAAUUAUUUGCAGAUAGACAUCAGUGCAGAAAAUGCUGAUGACUUUAGAAAAUGGAAAGGCUGGGUUGAGUCCCGUCUUCGCCAACUAACGCUGAAGAUUGAGAGGCACACUUAUGACAUGCUACAGUGUCACCCACACCCAGGUGAUUUUUCAGACAAAUCCAGACCUUUUCAUAGCUCUUACUUCAUGGGCCUACAACGAAAACAAGGAGUUCCCGUCACUGAAGGUGAGCAAUUUGACAUAAGGGCAACAGUAGAGGAAUUUAAGCAGUCUGUCAACCGGUACACAUUAUUGGUGCAUGGAAUGGAGAUCCGUGUAUCCCAUGUAAAACGCAGGAACAUUCCUAAUUUUGUAUUUCCUGGUGAGGUUCGACCUUUGCGCCCGUCUAAAGUAACUUGGGGGAGCAGGCGCGGUUCAGAACUGAAGGUUUCUGGUGAUGCUCAACCGGAUAAAUUGUGUGAAGAUGGUGGACAGAAGAGAAAGCGGGUGGAUGAUACUGUAGAGACCGACUCAAAGUAUGCCAAGUCUUUACAUCUCUGCAGUGGGGAAGUUCAUGCAGCUAGCCCUCCUAUCAGCACUAUCAGUUCACGUUCCACAAAAUGUGAAAGUAUGGAUGCAAACAAAAAAGUUGAUGAUAGCAUAGCAGUUAGCUUAGAAAAGAUAGAAAACCCAGCAGAUAUUCCUUAUCAGAAUGGUCAGAUUGAAGUAUUGUCAAGGUGCAAUCCCCCAAACGAUAGUCUACCUGCUGCUGCGAAUACAUCAAGUUUUAAAGAAGCAGAGAAGAUGGUAUUAGAGAAGAAUAUGGCUGGCCCAUAUGUUUCACACCAAGCUUUUCCAGAACUGGAUGAGCUUGAAGAUGAUUCUGAAUAUAGACAUCAAGUUAAAGAUUUUUCCAGGAACAUGAAAAGCAGUCAAAUGGAGCCUUCAGAGGAGAGCGUAUCAGUUUCAGCGCCAGUAAACUCAAGCAAUGGAGCUGGUCCUUCCACUGAUUCAUAUAAUGGGGGCUUAGAGGAACUUGAGCCGGCGGAACUUAUGGUGCCAUCUUCAAAUGGAACCCCACCUGAACCUGUGGCACAGAAAAAGUCGAUCAUCAGGUUGAAUUUCACUUCGUUGUCCAAAGCUGCUGGUAAAAGCUCUAAAGGAUGUUGA